AACUCCCACUUUCGGGUGAAAUUUCCCCUACCUUUCUGCUUCUGGGCUUGAGAGGGGUCUCCCACACCACGACUUUCUCCUUCCUGGGGCAGGACACUGCAAACACACCCACAGUCAAUUUUGCGCGCUCCCGGAGCCGAUUCGGCUCAUAGCGCACCCCAGCGGACGCGAGGCCUACUUUCCCAGCCGCGUCCACUUGGCUACCAGAGAGUUCGCUAGUCGCCGCCGCGGCCGCCACGAGACCCGCAGAUCCUGGAGCCUGCGUGAGCCAGCCUUGGCGGGAACCCCCGGUGAGCGCGGGAAGGCGGCACCCGGCCCCACCCGCCACACCUGCAAGCCCUGCAAAGCGGGAAGGGCGGGACUGGAGGCUGGCUAUGCGCUGGGCAGCCUCGCUGAAAGCCAGGCUGGCUGGUGCAAGGAAGGGGGAGUGUCUCGAGGCAGAGUCCAGCUCCUCCGAGGGAGGGACCCCAGCUGGGGUAGGAAACGAUCACCAGUGAACUGCCGAGCUGCGCAGCGCCGACGAUGGAAUCGGGCGGCCCUAGACCCCGGCGGCCGCAGCAGCAGCCGGACCAGGACACGGUCGAAGCGUGGCUGGACGAUCACCAGGACUUCACCUUCUCUUACUUUGUUAGGAAAGCCACCAGAGAAAUGGUCAAUGCAUGGUUUGCUGAGAGAGUUCACACCAUCCCUGUCUGCAAGGAAGGCAUCAGAGGCCACACUGAAUCUUGUUCUUGCCUCUCGCAGCAGAGUCCUCGGGCUGAUAGCAGUGUCCCUGGAACACCAACCAGGAAAAUCUCUGCUUCCGAAUUUGACCGACCCCUUAGACCCAUUGUUGUCAAGGAUUCUGAGGGAACUGUGAGCUUCCUGUCUGACUCAGAAAAGAAGGAACAGAUGCCUCUAACCCCUCGAAGGUUUGAGAAUGAUGAAGGGGAUCAGUGCUCAAGACUCUUGGAAUUAGUGAAAGAUAUUUCUAGUCAUUUGGAUGUCACAGCCUUAUGUCACAAAAUUUUCUUGCAUAUCCAUGGACUCAUCUCUGCUGACCGCUAUUCCCUGUUCCUUGUCUGUGAGGACAGCUCCAAUGACAAGUUUCUUAUCAGCCGCCUCUUUGAUGUUGCAGAAGGUUCAACACUGGAAGAAGCUUCAAAUAACUGUAUCCGCUUAGAGUGGAACAAAGGCAUUGUGGGACACGUGGCAGCGCUCGGGGAGCCCUUGAACAUCAAAGAUGCGUAUGAGGAUCCUCGAUUCAAUGCAGAAGUGGACCAAAUUACAGGUUACAAGACACAAAGUAUUCUUUGUAUGCCAAUUAAAAAUCAUAGGGAAGAGGUGGUUGGUGUAGCUCAAGCCAUCAACAAGAAAUCUGGAAAUGGUGGGACAUUCACUGAAAAAGAUGAAAAGGACUUUGCUGCCUAUUUGGCAUUUUGUGGUAUUGUUCUUCAUAAUGCUCAGCUCUAUGAGACUUCACUGCUGGAGAACAAGAGAAAUCAGGUGCUCCUUGACCUUGCUAGCUUAAUUUUUGAAGAACAGCAAUCAUUAGAAGUAAUUCUGAAGAAAAUAGCUGCCACUAUUAUCUCUUUCAUGCAGGUGCAAAAAUGCACCAUUUUCAUAGUGGAUGAAGAUUGCUCCGAUUCUUUUUCUAGUGUGUUUCACAUGGAAUGUGAAGAAUUAGAAAAAUCAUCUGAUACUUUAACAAGGGAACGUGAUGCAAACAGAAUCAAUUACAUGUAUGCUCAGUAUGUCAAAAAUACUAUGGAACCACUUAAUAUCCCAGAUGUCAGUAAGGACAAAAGAUUUCCCUGGACAAAUGAAAACACAGGAAACUUAAACCAACAGCACAUUAGAAGUUUGCUUUGUACACCUAUAAAAAAUGGAAAGAAGAAUAAAGUGAUAGGGGUUUGCCAACUUGUUAAUAAGUUGGAGGAAAACACUGGCAAGGUUAAGCCUUUCAACCGAAAUGACGAGCAGUUUCUGGAAGCUUUUGUCAUCUUUUGUGGCUUGGGGAUCCAGAACACACAAAUGUAUGAAGCAGUGGAGAGAGCCAUGGCCAAGCAGAUGGUCACCUUGGAGGUUCUGUCAUAUCAUGCGUCAGCAGCAGAGGAAGAAACAAGGGAGCUCCAGUCUCUAGCGGCUGCUGUGGUACCAUCUGCUCAGACCCUUAAAAUUAUUGACUUUGGCUUCAGUGACUUUGAGUUGUCUGAUCUGGAAACAGCACUGUGUACAAUUCGGAUGUUCACUGACCUCAACCUUGUGCAGAAUUUCCAGAUGAAACAUGAGGUUCUUUGCAGGUGGAUUUUAAGUGUUAAGAAGAAUUAUCGGAAGAAUGUUGCCUAUCAUAAUUGGAGACAUGCCUUUAAUACAGCUCAGUGCAUGUUUGUGGCUCUAAGAGCAGGCAAAAUUCAGACCAAGCUGACUGACCUGGAGAUACUUGCAUUGUUGAUUGCUGCUUUAAGCCAUGAUUUGGAUCACCGCGGGGUGAAUAAUUCUUACAUACAACGAAGUGAACACCCACUUGCCCAACUCUACUGUCAUUCAAUCAUGGAGCAUCAUCAUUUUGACCAGUGCUUGAUGAUUCUUAAUAGUCCAGGCAAUCAGAUUCUCAGUGGCCUCUCCAUUGAAGAAUAUAAGACCACAUUGAAAAUAAUCAAGCAAGCUAUUUUAGCUACAGACCUAGCACUGUACAUUAAGAGGCGAGGAGAAUUUUUUGAACUUAUAAGAAAAAAUCAGUUUAAUUUGGAAGAUCCUGAACAAAAGGAGCUAUUUUUAGCGAUGCUGAUGACAGCUUGUGAUCUUUCUGCAAUAACAAAACCCUGGCCUAUUCAACAACGGAUAGCAGAACUGGUAGCGACUGAAUUUUUUGACCAAGGAGACAGGGAAAGGAAAGAACUCAACAUAGAGCCCACUGAUCUAAUGAACAGAGAAAAGAAAAACAAAAUCCCAAGUAUGCAAGUCGGAUUCAUAGAUGCCAUCUGUUUGCAACUAUAUGAGGCCCUGACCCACGUAUCAGAGGACUGUUUCCCUUUGCUGGAUGGCUGCAGAAAGAACAGGCAAAAAUGGCAGGCCCUUGCAGAACAGCAAGAGAAGAUGCUGAUUAAUGGGGAGAGCAGCCAGGCCAAGCGGAACUGAGUGGGCUGGUUCAUGCAGAUGUUUUAUUGAGACGGUGUAUUCUGCAGUAGGCCUACUUUUGCUCUACACUGUACAGAUUUGGUGUAUACUUUUGCCACUGAUGUAUUUUUCUUUUUGCACAACUUUUGAGAGCAUAGCACGAUAUGUUUUUAAGGGACUAUUACAUGUUUUCUGUGUAUUUGUUUUAUGCCACUGAACCUGUGAUCUUAGCACAUUUAGAAGGGUGCUGUUUGUGAUAUUUUGCACACUGCAAAGUGCAAGUGGCAUCCUUGCACCGAGGAUGUUUUUUGCUUGGAGAUUUUAAAUAAUUGGUUUUUGUGUUUUCUGAAUUACCAAUCUUUCAAGAAUGUUUGGAAUCUUUCUUUUUUUCAAAACUAGGCCAGGAACAAAUUGAAUGUUAUUCUGUGACAUUUUAAAGCCUUCUUGGGACACAGAAAAAUGUUGACUGAGUGGGUCUUAAAGGGAAAAGAGGCUAUUUGUCAACAAUGUAUCAUCUUAAUCAAAAAAAAUGUAAAGACACUGAAACAAAUCCAAAGUACUAUGAGGCAGUACUAUAAACAACAGGUAUUAUUUAAUUGAUUUGCUGUUUUUAAAAGAGAACAGGCUUUUCUCGUUUUAGUGCAGUUUGUCUAUGCAAAAGCAGAAAAUCCCUUCAGUCUAAGCUGUGUGAUGUAAAGCAGGAAAACCUUAGGAGAAGAGCCAGUCACUGAUUUUAUCAAGAAAUGUGUGUGAUCCAGGACUGGAACAGCCGUGGAUGCCUAAAUCUCAGUGCAGAGAAAUGUUCUGGUGGAAGACCCUUCUGAGAGUCAGUGAGUGUUUUGAAUAUCGAACUUUCUUUUUUAAAUAACUUUCUCAUCUUUCACUUCCUUAUGGAACCAUCAGUCAACAGCUUCAAUCUCAACAGGAAAAUGAGGAAAAAAUUAAUAAUGGGAGCAUUGACCUGAAGUGAGAUAUGGCUACAGAUAUGAGAUGACAACAUGAGUCAUCUUUUUCUCUCUGUCAAACGAAGUAUGGAGAAAAGUUUUAACAAUAUUUAGCAAAGAUCAAUCCCUGAUGCUGGGGUCAGAAAUGAAUUUCAGGAAGCAGUUAAGUGAGAAACCUUAAGCCCGAAUCAAACUUAGCAGUGUUGAGGUUUGUGAUUGAGAAGCUGCCACAUUUUGGUUUAUGGGACAAGUCAACCCGGAAUCACAAAAGUUUGGGUGGGAGUGGAUCCUGAAUUUUGGCCAUGAGCUUGUAGUUGGUGAUACUCCCUUUCCAUGGCUUUUAGCACAGUUAACAGUUUCCGUGGAAACUGAGCCCUAAGUGGAUUCCCACUGUACAUAUGUGCCUCUAAAUACACUCUUUAGUAUUUGAAAUGUAGUGAAUGAUUUGAGCAGCUGGUUUAGGAAAGGAAAAUCUGUUCCAAAUGUGCAGAAAGUUCAGAUUUAGGGAGCAUAGGAAGAGAGAUAUUUGUUGGAUUUGUUUCCCCACCACCCCAAAAAUUAUUUCAUGUGAGUUUGUAUUACUUAUUUGGAUAGAAAUUUCUUGGAGAUAUGGUAAUACAGCAAUCUCAAAGACUUUCACUAAAACACAUUGUUUCCUAUGCAAAUCCUAUUUCCAUGAACUCUGCCUAAGAUUCAGCAUGUUCUUUAAGUUUUUAAAACUCUGAGUUCCAAACUGUGUGUAUGUUUAACUUGACAUAAUGUGGCUUUAUUCUUGCCAUUCAAGGAAAAACCACAAAAUAAAUUGUAUUGCCAUUACUUUGUAGUGGAAAAAGCUAGUCUAGGAGGUUAUCAACUGUUUAAUGUUGUAUGUAUUGUCAUUGUAAUACUUGUGUUUUCAGGACCUUUUUUAUUUUUAUUUUAUGUCAUACAGAUGAGAUCUGUAAGGCCGCCUCUUGGUGGCAUUGAUGUGUAAAUUACACAGACUAUCACUAAAAUCAUAAUUAUAACUGCAUACUGGCAAACACCUAUGCAUGCAUAUAUGAUUUCUUAGUAUAGAAAAAUUGUUGCAGAGAAUAAUUAUAUUUAAUAACUAUCUUUUUAUCACACACAUUCUGAUUUUGAAGUUAUGCUAUAAUCAUGUACUUUAAUAGUUGGUUUAGGUCCCUCUAAUAUAUGUCACCGAGAAUUUUUGUAAAGACAUGGUUGAGUGUGUGUGGAGGAUUUGUAUGUGUAUCAUUUUAACAGGCAAGAAGAUAUAUUAAGAUUAGAAAGUGUUUGAUUUGCCUUUGGAUACAGAUUUAUUUUAUUUUACUAAUUAAAAGAAAUUGGGCAAUCCCAUGCCUACCUAUUUAAUCUUAUUGUUAGAUGUUUUAGUUCAUAACCAAGGAGAGUACUUCUUUAGGACUGGUUGAUUGGUUCAAAUAAUUUGUCGUUUUUAGGAAAAAUCAUUCCAUACAUGGAUUAAUAUCUCUGGUACAUGGGCUCAAAUCAAAGUUUUUACUCUUCUGUGAUUAUUUCCUUUCUAAUAUCUUCUCAAACUGGGAAAAAUAUAUAUUCAGUCCUCCCUCACCCUAACCUAUAUUUAUAUUACCCGUAACUAAAAAGGGAUUUUUCUUGUUCUAGAUAAAAAAAAAAAUAGUGUUGACUUUUUGUAUUUCGGGCCUGUGUUUGUUAUUUUCAUUACAGCGGAGUAAUGUGAUAUCAUUUAAUUUCAAAUUUCAGACAAAAACAGUCCCCACUGUUUUACUAACUGGUUCAAAGAUGUCUCUAAAAUUGUCUGGCUUUAUAUUAUUCAGAGGUUUGGCCUUUACUAAUCACACUCCUGUGUGAAUUUAUGUAAAUCACUUAACCUCUAUGUGCCUGAACAAGUUGUGCUAUUAAAGGAGUUAUGUUUGGGCUAAGCCUUCGCCUCCAAGUCAGAUGUCACAGAAGGCAGCUACUGUGUAAGUCCUGGUGGGCCCUGGAGACCACUGUCAGAAACGGGAUAUUGGGCUUGAGACCAUAGUGAUCUAAUCCCACAGGUCAUUUCUUACGUUGUUUCCAAGACCAAUAAAACAGACAGUCCAUUUCCUCAGCUUCACAUGCAGAUUCCUCAUGAGCGUGAGAUUUAGAGCUCUUUGUACAUUUUACCUCAAAGUACAAACCCAGAGUGAUGGUGGUGUCACCACUGAUUUCUUAGUUAUGAAGGUAGUUUUCUUUAGUAGGAGUGUUAGAGAUAAGAAUGGGUAUAAACAUAUGUUGAAAAUAUAGGAUUCUGGGAGGAAACUUUUGGCACAAAUAUAUUCUUGCCUAGCAGUGAAGUGCCUUUAUUUUCAGCAUAGAGCACAAAUGUUAGACCUGCUCAGAUUUGAUUUUCAGUUUUCCUAUGUUUUUCACCAGAUUGUACUCCUAAAACUUAACAGGCCAUCACAAAGCAAUGCUAGGUGUUUUGUUUUGUUUUACAAGAUUGACUUAAGAUGAAAGGAUGAAAAAAACUAAUUGCUCUCCUCUCCUGUGAUCAAUUGUAGUUAAAAUAAGGGGGCACAGUUUAAUUGCUCAGUAUUAGACAUUAGUCAUUCCACCUUUUAUUAAGCCUCUGCCGUGUUAGAUACUGUGCCCAGCCUCGGAGAGAGAGCAGUGACAUCAAGAAGCACUAUGCGGAAAGUGCCGGAUAAGAGACUUACCAAAGCCUCUGAUCCUGCCGAUUCAACAUGAAAGCAUAGGUUGCAUUAUAUCAGUUUUGUUUUCAUCUAUAACAUAUGUAUUAUGCAGUUUCCUGAGCACUGCUUUCCUAGAAAGUCAUGAAGAAUCUGUUGGUGAACAUCCUGUCAUUCUUACAAGAAUGAAUCAUUUAACCUGUUGAUAGCUUAAAGACACCUAUGUCAGGAGUUACAUGCUCCACUAUAGAGAUUCUGUUUUCAUAUGCUAGCCAGGUAGAGAUUACACAAAGUUCUCUCAGUCUGCUAAAUUAUGCACAGUUUUGGACCCCUUCUGCUCUACCAGGGAACAAGGAAGAAAGUAUUAAGGCACACCCUGUCUUUCUGUAUAUUGAUCAAAAGCCUGUGUAAAGGUGUCUUAAUGAAUGUUGUUGAAAGCAGUGUAAAUAGUUUAAAAUAUAAAUUUCUAUUACAGUUUAAGAAAAAACAAAAACUUAUGAAUCAUCACUAGCCAAUGUUAAUAUCUAUUUGUAUUCUUCUACUUUUCAAUAUAUUUGAACAAAUAUAUAGUUUCUAGCACUAUUUUUGUACUAGGAUAAAGGAGUUACUAUGUAUAUUAUGUUUUGUGUUUAAGUCAUUUUAAAUAAUUGUGAAUGCUGGUUUCUUUUCUUUCCUCUUGCCCACCAUAAGAACCAUUUCAGAGGAUUCUUCUAUGACCAAAUCACUUUAAAAAAGAAACUUGCAUCUACCUGUGGUCUCUGUAAAGUCAUGAGAUGAUCAGGUUGGUUUUCGAUUGUGCAAACUCUUCACCUGUCAGUUAUUUCCUCAUUUUGCCCUGCUUUGUAAAAAUAAAAAGAAGGAUGAACAAUUA